CCCGGAGUUAGUGUUAGUCGAAUAAUUACAUAACUAAAACUAUUCUAGACCGUAGAAAUAUAAAUAAUAAUGUUAGGAACUCGGUUAGUGACAGCUGUGGCUAACCAUACUACCAGAAUGACUAUUACCGCUAUUAUCUUCAGCUUAUUUAGCAAUUAUUGCUGCGGGAGCUGGUGAGCGACCCCGUGCAUGUUCCUGCUUUAGUUCUCAUGCCUUUCUCAAACUCGCUUUUUUUUUUUUUUUUUACUUGCUUUGCAAAACUAAACACUAGUCCGCCGGCUGUCUCAAAUCGUAGUUUUUUUGUUGUUGUUUUUUUUUCUCUCCUUACUUUCCUGCCCUUCUCUAUUUAUGAAAACGUCACUUCAGGUCCCUCCCUGUUUGAAUCUCAUUAGUUUCUUGUGUGUUUCUCCCUGUCAAUAAUCCUGAAUCCAGACUCUCUCUAUUUCCAUCCCCUCUAUCUGUCAAUCAGCGCCGCCUUUGAACCGAAAACCACUCCGACCAACUUCAACUCACUCAAUCCGAGCGGUUCAGCUCCUUCUCCUGCUUCUUUUUCUGGCAAGAAUCCCCCUUUUUAUUAGUUUGUACAAACCACCAGCCACUGGAAAACGAUUAUACAGACGCUAAAGUUUAGCUCGAGUCCAGGAUCACAGAGAUCAAGGGUUUAAAAAACUUUCUGUUUUUUGCCCCAAAAUUGCUCGUGAAAAUGCCGCAGCUCAACGGCGGUGGAGGGGACGAUCUGGGGGCGAACGAUGAAAUGAUCGCCUUCAAAGACGAAGGCGAGCAGGAGGAAAAAAUCUCGGAGAACUCUUCAGCAGAAAGGGAUUUAGCAGACGUCAAAUCUUCUCUAGUAAACGAAUCAGAAACGAAUCAAAACAGCUCGUCAGAUUCAGAGGCGGAAAGACGGCCUCCGCCUAGAUCAGAAACUUUCAGAGACAAAUCAAGAGAAAGUUUAGAGGCAGCAAAAAGGCAAGAUGGAGGUUUGUUUAAGAGCCCACCAUACCCGGGUUACCCGUUUAUAAUGAUCCCCGAUCUCACAAGCCCUUACCUUCAGAAUGGAUCACUCUCUCCAACUGCUCGAACAUACCUCCAGAUGAAAUGGCCCUUACUUGAUGUUCAAGCAGGAAGCCUACAAAGUAGGCAAGCUCUUAAGGAUGCCAGGUCCCCAUCUCCAGCACACAUCGUUGGCCCCUUCUGCUUGGAAUUCCCAGGACAGGGAGAUCUGAGUCUUCACCAAUUUCAGUUGUCGAACAAAGUGCCCGUUGUGCAGCACCCUCAUCAUGUGCACCCGCUCACGCCUCUGAUAACGUACAGCAAUGAGCACUUCACACCAGGAAACCCCCCUCCGCACUUGCAGGCCGAUGUGGACCCGAAAACAGGUGAGCAGCUUGGACAACACAUGGAGACUUUGACUGGAUGCAGCUGGAUGCUUCGAGACCUGAACUUCUUAAAGAGUUGCACUGGUAUUCCCAGGCCCCCACAUCCAGAUAUUUCUCCAUAUUAUCCCUUAUCGCCGGGUACAGUGGGUCAGAUCCCCCAUCCGCUGGGAUGGUUAGUACCACAGCAAGGUCAGCCAGUUUAUCCAAUCACAACAGGAGGGUUCAGGCAUCCAUACCCGACUGCUCUCACCGUCAAUGCAUCCAUGUCUAGUUUUCUCAACUCUAGGUUUCCACCACACAUGGUCCCGCCACACCAUAGUUUACACACGACAGGGAUUCCUCAUCCAGCUAUAGUCACGCACUCCGUCAAACAAGAGUCUUCCCAGAGCGACAUUGGUUCUCUCAACAGCUCAAAACAUCAGGACCAAAAAAAGGAGGACGAGAAGAAGAAACAGCCUCACAUCAAGAAACCUUUGAAUGCAUUUAUGUUGUAUAUGAAGGAAAUGAGAGCGAAAGUAGUGGCGGAAUGCACGCUGAAAGAAAGCGCGGCUAUCAAUCAAAUUCUUGGACGGAGGUGGCAUGCGCUGACUAGAGAAGAACAGGCUAAAUACUAUGAGCUGGCAAGAAAGGAACGGCAGCUCCACAUGCAGCUGUACCCCGGCUGGUCAGCAAGAGACAACUAUGGGGGAAACCAGGGGAAAAAAAAGAAGAGAAAAAGGGAUAAGCAGCAAGGAGAGGCCAAUGAACACAGAGAAUAUUUUCCAAACCCAUGCCUUUCACUUCCUCCGAUUACAGAUGCAAAUACCCCAAAGAAGUGUCGUGCAUUGUUCGGUCUUGACCAGCAGAGUUUAUGGUGCAAACCAUGCAGGAGAAAAAAAAAGUGCAUUCGCUACAUACAAGGUGAAGGCAGCUGUGCCAGCCCACCCUCUUCAGAUGGAAGCUUAUUAGAUUCUCCUCCCUCUUCACCUUCCCUGCUAGCCUCCCCCUCACAAGACUCUAAACCACAGACUGAACAAAUGCACCCUCUUUCACUGACUAUGAAACCUGAUUCCUUGGCCCACCUUUCAAUGCCACCAUCGUUAGCUAGAUUGGAAAACUAUGCCAGCAAGACCGGCACCCAGAAUGGGGCAUUGGAGCACCAAGCCGCCACAUCACAACAGCCUGCAUCCUUGCCACUGGCAAGGCCAUCCACGUCCUUGUUGCGUUCCCAUAACCUGCUCACUGGCUCACAAGCCCAGCCUCUUUCGCUUGUAACCAAGUCUGUAGAUUAGCAUUUUAGCUUUAGUCUUUGGUGUCCUUUUUUUAAUUUUAAUUUUUUAACCUUUUUCUGUUUCUGCCGUACGGCUAUAAAUCUGAAUGUUUUAUAAAGUUCAUUGGUCAAUAUUUGACCCAUCAUUUCAAGUUUUUGAAAAAUAAAUAAAUAAAUAAAACUUUGAUUUCUGCAAACCUAUUAAUGUGUUAAAACAAAGAGCAUAACUGUUAUGUAGUUCCAAUAGGUAAGAUACAUUUCAAAGACUGAAAUAAAAAUUAGAGAUAUAAAAAAAUAAAGUAGCUCUUCCUGAAGGAGUUGGUUCUUCUUUAUUAUUUGUAUUAAAUAUGAGCUUGUGAACCAAUCAUUUUACAUCUGUUCAGAGGCACGAUGAAUGCAGUGCCAUUUCUUUCAUUGUGCGGAACAACUUUUAUUGUGAUGUUACUUGUUAUUGUUUAAAUGUACAGAAAUAUUUUGGGGUGUUAAUAUGCAUUGUUCCAUGGCGUUGUUGUUUGGGGGUGUGGGUUGGGAGGGGGUGGGUUAGGAAGAAGUCACAGUGCUGAAGGACCAGUAGUAUUUAUUGCUUUAGAGAUUGCUUGUUGUAUCAUGUAUGUUGUCCCUUUUUAAAUAUUGUUUUCUUAUCUUAAUACAUUGUAUAAAGACUUUUUUUCUUAGCGUAAGCAACUUCUAUAUAUAAAAUAAGUCAUUUGUAAAGGAUUUUUAAAAUGUGUUUUUUUUUGUUUGUUUUUUUUCCUGAAUGAAACAUGGUUGCCACCAAAUGGGCAGAAUAGAUACUUUUAAGGAAGAGAUGUGCACAGCAUUACUUUAAAAGCUAAAAUAUAAUAAGCCAUUAUACAAACUAAACUUGAAUGCAUUGGGGAAGGUGUCUUCAAGAGUGAUAUAUGUCUAAAACCCUUAAGACUAGUGUCUUCUCUUUACAAGGCUGUAGACUUGUGUACAGAUUUCCGUGCCAAACUUGUGGUAAUCUUCUUCUCCCCACGUUAAUGCUGUCGUUUUCUUUUAACCCUAUUUUUUUGCUGUGACGUUACAUAGAUUGCUAUGUAUGUAGUAUAAAUGUUUCUAUAACAGAUGUGUUUGUUAGCAGAUUGUCAAAUAAUAAAACUAAACUAAAUAAAGAGGUGUACACCCCAAAAGGGCCAAAUUAUGUAUAUUAGGAGAUUCAUAAAAAAGGAAAAAACACAGACUGCCACUUUUAAGUACACUGCUACAUAUAGGUAGAUAGGCAUGUUGAUGUUGCAAACGGCUGUAAAAAGCUACAAGAAACUCCAUUCGGUGCCAUUGUAGUUUACAUGAAACAGCUGUAACCUGUCUCGGUUUUCUUUGGUUUACUAAGAUGCUAAUGAUGACAUUUUUGUGAAUAGUUUGAAUGUUUCCUAACGGCUGUGAUGUUCCUGUUCUAUUUUAUGCUCUUAUUAUUUUUUUUUUUUUAUUUUUUUUUUUUUUUAAUGGUUUAAAAACCAUUUUUUGUUAUGAAUAAAUGUUCAUGCUGUACAGUAUCUGUAGCAUGCAGUUCUGGAUUAAUAAAAGCAACUUAGUAUGUGCA